UAAAAUGCCUGCUAGACGAGUGCAACAGGAAGCCAACUGAGUAUGAGACCCCACCUUAUUAUGUGCUGUGUGAAAGUGAAACUAAAAAAUAGGCUCCGACAUUUUGUACAGGAUAGAGACAUUUUACUUUUGACUGCAGCUCAUAUCCUCCAUUGAUGUCUGUAAAUACAGAAUCGAUCCAGGAUCCUAUUUGCAUGUACCAAUUAACAUGAAUGUCUUAUGGCACCUGGUUAUAGGAAUAUAGUCUAGUUUACUCUUUGUCAGGUGGCAUAUUCGACGUUCGAGCCGUCUUUGGAUCAGCAGCGUGACAAGUAUUCAGAACAUGUUGCAGUAAAUAAUUAUUUACUGAAAUUACCGAACAAGUUGACAAUCUUAUGACCGGACAGUUUCAUUAUUUGGCAACUUGGUUAUGACGAAGAAAACAGAGUAACAUUCGUGACAACUUGUACUGGAUUGAACAUCUGUCGACCGCAGCUAAAGUGGUUAGUUGUUUCUUGAAGACAGACGACGCACUCACACUUAUUAAACUCUAUCGGACUUUACUUUCUAUACCCUGACGGGUGGUUAGUAGCCUUCAACAAUCGAUAAUGGACAGACCUGGAUUCACUACGGCACCUCAUCCUCGUGAUGUCAGGACUGUGCUGCUUGGCAAAACUGGAGUGGGGAAGAGUGCAACAGGAAACACCAUUCUGGGUCAGGAAGUGUUUCACUCAGCUUUGGACUUUUCCUCAGUUACCAUGACAUGUGAAGAGAGAACUGUUCUGAUUGGAGGGAUUAGAGUCAGUGUGGUUGAUACUCCAGACUUCUUCUAUGCAACACACACACAGGAGGGUCUGAGUUCAGAGAUAGAGAGAUGUAUUCAUCUGUCUAACCCUGGACCCCAUGCAUUUAUCUUUGUUCUAACUCUUGAUACUUUCACUGAGCAGGAGACAGAUGUAGUCGCUCUAUUUGAGAAAUGUUUUGGUGAAGUAGCUUCAAACUACACAAUCAUUGUCUUUACUCAUGGAGACAAGCUGAACAACAGAACAAUAGAGGAACUAGUAGAGAAAAAUGUUAAGUUGUCUGAGCUCAUUGAAGAGCGUGGUUGGAGAUAUCAUGUCCUUAACAACAAAGACAGAGCCAAUAAAAAGCAGGUGACUGGGCUGCUGGAAAAGAUUCUCAUCAUGAUGAAUGUGAAUGAAGGUAGCUGUUACACACGUGACAUGCUGCAGGAGGCAGAAAGAAAGACUAGAGAAGAGAUUGAGUUGAUGGAAGAGGAGAGUCGCAGGGAGGAAGAGAGGAAAAGAGAAGAACACAAGAGAUUGAGAGAGAAGGUGAGAAGAGAGACAGAGGAUAGAGAAUGGAGAGAGAUAGAGGACAAGGAAGUUAAAAGACAUGAAGAAGAGAGACAGAGGAUAGAGUACGUAGAGAGAGAGAGAGAAUCUCAAGAGAAAAAAGCACAGUGCGGGGCAGCGAUUCUGUCCAUUUUAUAUAUGAAACCAAAGCAUUUCUAUCUGAUCAGUGCUUUAGUUGCAGUGGCCAUGGGGGGCAAUUGUGUGUGGAGCAAAAGCCCUGUGAAUGUAACAGAGUUCAUAUGGGGUUCUCUUAUAGGGGUGUUUGCUGAGGCAAUGGGAGCUGGAUCAUACACACUUAUAGACAUAGCCUUGGGACAGAUUUUAAGACGGGUUGGAAGGUCUACUAUAGCCACUGAGAUCCAGACUGGGAAAUCAGUUGGAAUAGCAAUGGGUUUCAUAGGAGCAGCAGCAGUUGGUGGAUUGACAGGAAGGUUAGUUGGCCCAGGAGGAGGAGUGGUGUUAGGAGGAUUAUCAGGGCUGUUGGGAGGAGUUGGUGUGAUGGCGUUAAGAAAACAAUUCAAAGACUAGAAAAAAGCUGUUAUUUCCCUGUGAUGCACUUCUAAAUUACAGCUCCACUUCCUGUCUCUCUAAAUGGGAGGAGCUCUGAUUGGGCAGUCGGUUAGAACAUGGAUAGUAGAUUGGUAUGCAUCUUCCUAUGAAUAACCUCUUCAUAAUGACGUCAUUCUGUAUUAAAAUACCCUUUUGGAAAAUGGUGUUAAGAGGGUGUACAAGACAGAGAUACGUGUGUGUGAGGAGAGUACAUAGAGAUUACCCCUUGAUGAGUACAUAUCAUUCUCUAUUUCAUAUUGGCCAGUAUAACAUUUAGCUUCAUAUGGCAUUUUACAGUCUUGGUUAUAAUGCUCUAUGAACUGCUAAAUGUUUGUGAGCAGUUAUUAGUGCAUAAACUGUGCAUUACAAUGUAUUAUGCAUAGCUCAUAAGGAGUUAAUAAAUGAGCUUAUAAUGCAUUAUGAAAAGGCUAUUCAUAGGAAGUGUUACCAACAAAAAAAUAUGUUUUAUUGUCACAUACACCAGAGAGGUGCAGUGAAAUGCGUUGUUUUACAGGGUCAAAUUAGGGUCAAGGGCCUUGGUCAAGGACACAUGGACAGAUGUUUCACCUUGACAGCUCAGGUUGCUGGCCCAACGCUCUAACUGCUAGUCUACCUGCCACCCUGUCUUUGGUGUUCACUUUUCUACAGUCUACCAUCUCAUUCUUAAUCUGUCUAUAACAUCAAAACACUCCUUCCACACAUACUCUGUUUAUAGACCAAGAACUGUUGGUGCUGGUCCCCUAUUACCAAAUGUAAUGAUUUGGUCUGCAUGUGAGUGGGGUGUUGAAUACUGCAGUCAUGUUGCAUAGCUGGUAAUGGCCAGUAUUUCAAACAACAGGUCAUUUUAAGAUCUUGAAAUGAACUAAACUAAACUUUGCAGUUUUUUCUGUUCUUAACAAUGCCAAGAAUCAUAUCUAUCCAGGUUCAUUACUCUAUAAAAACAAGUUUGUCAUUUUGGACGGCAUGUACAACAUUUUAUGGAAUUCGGAAAAUGAUGAGCUGCAUACCACCCUUUUCACAUCUUAGCAGGGACAACUUGUUAAAGUCAUGUACACCUUUAAAAAUGUACUUUAUAUGCCUCACUUCUCUCAAAUGCCUGUCCCAUUUGUUGAAUGUCAACAUUGAAAUACGUGGAAAUGUAAGCUUGUACAAAAAGAUGUAGACAUCAGAUAUAAAUGUAUGACCUCAUGUGAACCUGUGACUAUGAUUGUUAUUGAAACCUUGUCCUCACCUGAUGUGUUUGUGGUUUAUUAUGUGCUCACUAUCAAAGUGUUUAUAUGAUUUAUAUAUUUAUGGCCCAAGAGAGGACAAACAGUACUAACAGGCUGAUAGCCAAUGAUGUUGAAUGCAAGGUAUGCAUCAUUUAUCUCCACUGCUGAGAGACACCAUUUACCAUAACAUCUGAU